AUCAGCAAAAAACCACAGUGAUUGAAAACGGUGAAAUCAGAUUCAAUGGAAAAGGGAAAAAGAUUCGGAAGCCACGAACCAUUUACUCUAGUCUACAACUCCAAGCUUUAAAUCAUCGCUUUCAGCAGACUCAGUACCUGGCACUCCCAGAGAGAGCUGAGCUGGCAGCUUCAUUAGGACUUACCCAGACACAGGUGAAGAUCUGGUUUCAGAACAAGCGCUCCAAAUUCAAGAAGCUGCUGAAGCAGGGCAGUAACCCCCACGAGAGCGACCCUCUGCCCGGCUCUGCCGCCCUCUCCCCUCGCUCUCCGGCUCUGCCUCCAGUCUGGGACGUUUCAGCUUCUGCCAAGGGAGUCAAUAUGCCUCCCAACAGCUACAUGCCUGGCUAUUCUCACUGGUAUUCUUCUCCACAUCAAGAUACAAUGCAGAGACCACAAAUGAUGUGA